AUGCCGCCAGCAACGCACAUCACUGCCGCUGCGGAUCUCGCUAGCUCAGAAGUCGAUGCCUUCUUCAAAGAGGUGAAGCCUGUUCGCGGCACGCGCUUGGCUUUGGCCGAUGGUGGCGCCUCGAGUUUGGGCUUGAGUAGGACCGUGCACCACGAGUUCAUGACCAAGCUGCAGAGUGAGGCCUACACCACGGUCAAACAGAAUGAUCAGUUCCACUUGCAGCGACUUGAUCGCGGAGCGCUCAAAGCGCUCGGUCUCAAGGCCCAAGCCGAUUGUCUACGCCUCUCUGGCACAUUUCAAGCCCCUCCCGCCCGUGUCCAUCAGCUGCUCAACGACUAUACCGUGCGCGCCCAGUGGGACAAAGCGGUUCAUCCCGACUCGGAUAGCAACAUUCUCACACACACAGUGGCUCCCCAGAAAUCGCGCCAAGUGCUGCGAACUCUGACCAACGCCGUCAUGGGGGGAUUGAUCACGGCUCGCGAGUUUAUUGAUUGUGCCCAAACGCAACACUUGGACGGUGGCCUGAUUCAGCACCUCGCUGCCAGCGUGACCGUCGACCAAUUCCCCAUCACCAAAUCUGCCGUCCGCGGCACCAAUUUCCCCUGUGGCAUGAUUUACACCCCAGGCGACGAUGGUCAAAGUACACAUCUCGAGUACAUUAUUCACAGCGACAUUGGCGGCUGGCUGCCCCAGAGCGUCGUGAGCAAAGGCACAACGAAUGCUCUUUGGGAUAUCGCGGAGACCGUCUCCCACUACCUUGCCACAACAGCAGAUUCUUGA